AUGGGGCUCGCUUGGCUCUGUGUGCUGGGGUUGUUCUUGCUCAGAACGCCCAGCGAUGGAUAUCAAGAACUUGAAAUCAAACCAACUCUGAGAGCAGACAGAGGGAUCAUACCAGCAGGGGGCAGUGUGACACUGACCUGCUCUGUGGAGGACGGCUCUGAUGGAUGGAGCUUUGACUGGUUCAGAAAUGAUGUCUCAGUCUAUCCUGCAGCUCCAUACGGAACAAACAGUAAAGUCAUCAGUGAGGGAGGUAAAUACACCUGCAGAGGAAGAAGAAGAGGAGGAGGGGCAGUUUUCUACACGGAUUACAGCCAAGAACUCGUCAUUAAGGAAACUCAACAUGAAAUCAAACCAACUCUGAGAGCAGACAGAGAAAUCCUACCAGCAGGGGGCAGUGUGACACUGACCUGCUCUGUGGAGGGUCGAUCAGACCUCGAUUUUGAACUCUACAGACGCACAUCGAGAGAUAAGGUCAUAAAAUCUGAAAGUGACCCCGUCAUCAUUCAGGAAACUGUUCCCCCGAAGCCCACAGUGGUCCUGCAGCCCAGCUGGACUCUGAUAUACAGAGGAGAGACAGUCACUGCCACAUGUCAGAUUGAAGGAGGAGGAGGAACUCAGUGGGAGUAUGAAUGGAGACCAAAGAGGUUUAAUUUUCCUGAAACAUCCAGAGAAAUCAGAGUUUCUGACAGUGGAGGAUUCAGCUGUCGGGGCAGAAGGGACGAGUUUUCCAUCACAGAGUGGAGUGAUGUCAUCACUGUAACAGUUUCAGCUGGCACACCUGCAGCCUCUCUGAGAGCAGAUAGCAGAAUCAUACCAGCAGGGGGCAGUGUGACACUGACCUGCUCUGUGGAGGGUCGAUCAGACCUCGAUCAUAACCUCUACAGAGGCUCCUUGAAGAGGCAGUUCAUAAUAUCUGAAAAGGCUGGAGUUUUCAUAAUAACGAAAGGAGGUGAAUACACCUGCAUGGGGUAUAACAGGAACAUCAGCUCAUAUCUGAGUUACCCCGUCAUCAUUCAGAAAACUGUUCCCCCGAAGCCCACAGUGGUCCUGCAGCCCAGCUGGACUCUGAUAUACAGAGGGAAGACAGUCACUGCCACAUGUCAGAUUAAAGGAGGAGGAGGAGCUCAGUGGGAGUAUGAAUGGAGACGAAACGGGUUAAAUAGUCCUGAAACAUCCAGAGAGAUCAGAGUUUCUGUCGGUGGAGGAUUCAGCUGUCGGGGCAGAAGGGACGAGUUUUCCAUCACAAAGUGGAGUGAUGUCAUCACUGUAACAGUUUCAGAACAGCCCCGGCCUGUCCUCUCUGUGUCUCCAUCAUGGCUGAGUCCCAGAGCCUCAGUAACUCUGAGCUGUGAGCUUCAGCAUCAGGAUGCAGGAUGGAGCUUCUCCUGGUACAAAGCAGUUCCUGAUCGGUCAGAAGAGUCUUACAGAUAUGAGCUGCUGCCUGUUAACACCACUGGGGCCGAACAGGGUUCCUACAUCCUCCAUGACAGACACACACAGCAGGAUAUGUGUGCAGAGCUGGGAGAGGAGAGCCAGAGUAUCACAGCCAUAACAGCCGGCCACAGUUCGUCUGGUCUGCAGGACGGCUCUGAUGGAUGGAGCUUUGACUGGUUCAGAAAUGGUAGCUCAGUAUAUCUUGGAGCUCAGCUGGAAACAGACAAUAAGGUCCUCACAGUGUCAGACGGAGGUGAAUACACCUGCAGAGGGAGAAGAGGAGGAAGAGGAGAAGGGGAAGUUCUCUACACCGAAAACAGCAGACCGGUCAUCAUCAGGAAAACCCUUUCCGUGAAGCCCACAGUGGUCCUACAGCCCAGCUGGACUCUGAUAUACAGAGGAGAGACAGUCACUGCCACAUGUCAGAUUGAGGAAGAAGGUGGAACUCAGUGGAAGUAUGAAUGGCUUAAUAUUCCUGAAACAUCCAGAGAAAUCAGAGUUUCUGACAUUGUAGAGUUCAGCUGCUGGGCCAGGAAGGACUACGUUUUAACGAAGUGGAGCGAUCGCAUCACUCUAAACGUUUCUGAACAGCCCCGGCCUGUCCUCUCUGUGUCUCCAUCAUGGCUGAGUCCUGGAGCCUCAGUAACUAUGAGCUGUCAGCUUCAGCAUCAGGAUGCAGGAUGGAGCUUCUCCUGGUACAAAGCAGUUCCUGAUCGGUCAGCAGAGUCUUACAGAUAUGAGCUGCUGCCUGUUAGCACCACUGGGGCCAAACAGGGUUCCUACAUCCUCCAUGGACAGACACACACAGCAGGAUAUGUGUGCAGAGCUGGGAGAGGAGAGCCAGAGUAUCACAGCCAUUACAGUCAGCCACAGUUCGUCUGGUCUGCAGAUCUUCAUCCAGCAGCGUCUCUCACAGUGAGUCCAAACAGAGUUCAACACUUCAGACGUGACUCUGUCUCAUUAAUCUGUGGAGGAAACUCGACCUCCUGGAGAGUGAAGAGGUUCACAGGAACAAGACUCCUGUUACACUGCUCUGACUUCUACUGGGGAACAAUGACUGGAUCCAGAUGUGAGAAACAGCUUUCCUCCAGUGGUGACGGAGUGUUCUGGUGUGAGUCUGAAUCAGGAGAGUUCAGCAACGCCGUCAACAUCUCUGUACAAGCUAAUUAUGAUGAUGGUGUAAUCCUGGAGAGCCCCGUUCAUCCUGUUACUGAGGGAGCUUCUGUCAGUCUGAGCUGCAGACAGAGAAGAAGAGCCCCACUUUCCAAUGUGGAUUUCUACCACGAUGCCAAACUGGUGCAGAAUGGCAGCAGAGCGGAGCUGAACAUCUCUGCUGUGUCCCAGUCAGAUGAAGGUUUCUACUGGUGUGAAGCAUCAGGGAAGAGUUCAACACAGAGCUGGGUCUCAGUCAAAGGAGGUGUUUCCAGAGCUGAGAGCUCCUCCUUUCCUGUUCUGAUGGUCGUUGGAGCCGUUGUUGUUGGAGUCUUUUUUCUGGUUCUGCUGCUCUUUCUGUGUCGCUGCAGACGGUCUGAGGCUUCUGCUGCGGAGCAGACGGAGAACCAGGAUGGAAACCAGCAACAGGUCCACUCCUCUCAGCUCCACGGAGAACUCUGUGUCUAUGAAAACCUCAGUGACUGGGAAACCUCCGGAGCCGGUGAGCAGGAGGCUGUUUAUGCUAAUGUCCCACACAUGAUGGAGCCCAAAGGAAAACAGAGAGGAAAACACCACAAUCAGAAUCCAAGGUGGACCACAGGUUGA